GUAUUUAUGUAAUUAAAUAUAUAUAUAUAUAUAUAUAUAUAUAUAUACAUAUAUAGAGAGAGCUACCUGGAAUAUAUAUACCUAUAUAAAUACAAUAUAUACUACGCACAGAAGGAAUCUACAAGAAAAAAACGAGCAAAACAUGACCAAAUUGAAUUAAUUCAUAAAUAUAUAAAUGGAAAUAUAUUUAUUUAAUUAAUAUAUAUAUAUAUAUAUAUAAUAUAUAUAUAUAUAUAUAUUGCGAGUUAUAUACACCUGUCUCUUGUAAUAUAGAGCUACAAGAAUAUAUAUAGCGCGCCUACAUACGCACAAAAGGAAGAAAAAGUGUAAAACAAGCUAAAUAUGAUCAAAUCGAAGUUAUAAUACAUAAAUAUAUAAAUAUAUUAUGUAAUUUAUAUAUAUACAUUGUCAGUUAAUAUAUAUACACAUCUCUUGCGUCAAAAAGGAUGGCAGGUGACAAUAUGAUGUAGGGCCUCGGACCCGAGUGUCCAGGACGAAGAGAGAGAGCGCGAGAGAGAACUAUAUUUGACUGGCAGACUGUUACUCUAUUAACACCUGAAAAUGCAUCACCGAAGUACACACCAGGCAGGUAGCUGCUUCUGUUGUGUGGCUUUGAAACCUCGCUAUAAAAGAUUAGUGGAUAAUAUAUUUCCCACCGAUCCACAGGAUGGCUUGGUUAAAAGCAAUAUGGAAAAACUGUUAUUUUAUGCCCUCAGUACACCUGAAAAGUUGGACCGAAUUGGAGAGUAUCUGGCACAGCGUGUUAACAGAGAUAUUCAUCGACAUCGACGAAUAGGAUUUGUCUUCCUUGCAAUGGAUGCCUUAGACCAGCUUCUAGUGGCCUGCCAUGCUCAAGCCAUUAAUUUAUUUGUGGAGAGCUAUCUUAAGAUGGUGCAGAAGUUGCUCGAGUACGACAACGUGGACCUGCAGAUUCUUGCCACAUCUUCAUUUGUAAAAUUUACCAACAUAGAGGAAGAUACACCAUCAUACCAUCGUCGUUACGAUUUCUUUGUGUCACGCUUUAGUGCCAUGUGUCAUUGUGAUGAAGUUUCCGAAAGUGACCGACUCAAGAUCCGCACAGCAGGUCUGCGAGGCAUCCAAGGAGUUGUACGUAAAACAGUUAGUGACGAGUUGCAAGUCAACAUAUGGGAGAGCGUACACAUGGACAAAAUAGUUCCAUCACUGCUGUACAACAUGCAUGAUCCAAGAAUGACUGAUGAAGAUGACAAUGCAACGGAGUCAUUUUAUAUAAGCUCGGAUUCAUUGGAACCGGAGAGUCCCAGAAAUGAGGAUGACCCCGCGCUUGUAGCAGCAACCACAUUCCGUGAUCUUGUUUGUCGUGCCUCAUUCGGAAGUAUUAAAUCUGUACUGAAGCCUGUCUUAGUCCACCUUGAUCUACAUAAGCUCUGGGUUCCGAAUGAUUUUGCCAUCAAAUGUUUCAAAAUUAUCAUGUAUUCCAUUCAAGCAAAAUACAGUUACUUAGUUCUACAGAUGUUGAUGAGUCACCUAGACACACAUCAGAAGAGUGAACCAAUGAUCAAAGCUAACAUAAUAGAUGUUCUUUUCCAAACAGUAUUAAUUGCCGCUGGUGGAUCUGUCGGUCCAUCAGUGCUGGAAGUGUUUGAUACACUUCUACGACACCUUAGAGUAUCUGUUGAUUCCAAGUAUGAGGAAGCAGAGAAAACUGAAAUGGAGAGAAAAUUCCAAGAGGUCAUAAUCAACACAAUUGGUGAGUUUGCCAACAACCUGCCUGAUUACCAAAAGAUUGAUACCAUGAUGUUUGUAUUGGGAAAAUUACCUCAGAAAACCAAUCAUGAAGACUAUGGGACACCGCCAAUAGAUAUUCAACUACAGAACAUGUUAUUGAAGACUCUGUUAAAAGUGGCGACCAAAUACCAAACAGUUGUCAUGAUGAAUGCUUUCCCACCAGAAUUCCUCAUUCCCUUGUUGAAGAUGUCGCAGGUGGAGGAGCCUGCUUUGCGUCUCAUUGUGCAAGACAUCCUCCACACCCUCAUUGAUCGCCAUGGAAACACUCAGAAGCUGAAGAACGUCUGCAUGUUGAAGGACCUCUCUGAGCUGACCAUUGAAACCACCCCACGUCAAGAUAUCAUGUUUAUGAAGAAGAAUGGCAACCAUUUUUAUCAUCACCUCUAUGAAAAUAUUGAAAUGAACUCAAACCAUGUGGAGAACUUUGAGGCCCUUUACUGCACCAUGGCUCUGAUACUAGUUGAGCUUGGUAGUAGUGAUUUACUGGUUGACCUCUGCAGACUUGCUCUUGACAUACAGCACAUGGUAUGCACAAACAACCACCUACCAAUCACCCACAAGUGUGCCAUUCAUGGUCUGUUGGCUGCUUACUUAAAUCUGCUAUGUCAUUUGAUGUCCAUUCCUGCAUUCUCAGAACAUGUCAACCAGGUGCUUGAAUCCCGAUCACAGGAAGCCUCAUUCCUGCUGCCAGAGUUUGCCUUCAAUCGUAAAAACAAGCCUAGCAGUUACCCGAUUGAUUUCACGCUCCGAGAGAACUGGUUGUUCUCCCAGAAAGCCAUAGCCGAGAGCUUACAGAACAAUGGUCACGAUACUGCUGGUUUGGAUGUUCCUUUCAGUCUGAGACCUCUUGGUAUAGGUGACACCAGUGAUAUGACACACAGCACAAGCGAUAUCCAUUCGGUGAACCUGGAUUUUGAUAGCACUAAUGGAUCACCUACAGUACCAAAGAAAGUUGAUGAUGUCACGUUCGAUGCACUCAAGAAAAUGCUCAAUGAAGAAGAAACAGUGAAUAAAGACGAAGAAGAAAAGAAAAGGCUGCAAAUCUUUGCAAGUUUCAGAGACGCACCAUUUGAGGAAAUAAUGGCCAGGUCUGAAGCCAAGUCCAACCAGUUCCACAAUAAGCUUAAUGAAAUCCUGGAUCUUGUGUCUAAUCCACCUGAAAGUCCAUCAUCCACCACCAACCUCAGUUCUCCCGAUGCUGCAGUUGCUGUCUUCUCUAUGCAGAUUCCAGACCUCUACGUCUAUUGAUCUGCUCUGGUGUCUCCUUUUCAUUGUUUCCUCCAAACAAUGACCCAGUGAUUUGGUGGGGAGUGGUGUGGGGGCUAGGAGUUGGUGAACACGUGUCCCUCUUUGUUUUUAUUGAUCUGUGUGUGUGUAUGCAUGGUAGUGCAUGUGUGAGAAGCCACCUGUGAAUAUCUAUAUAUGUGAAUCUAUUAAGUUUAUGCAUGCCUAUCAAUGAGUAUUCAAGCUGUGUGAAUCUGUAUACGUAUGCUCAUGGUUGAAGUGUAUGUGUGUAUGUGCGUGUGUGUGCGUGUGUUUUUUUUCUUCAUGGUAUUAUCUUUACAUUUACCAAAGAUAAAUAGAGAUAGUCCUCCCCUUCCUGUCUCUCUUUCUCUCAUUACCUAUCAUCAAACAUCCUUAGGGAUCACAUAUCGGAAGGGAGCUUAGGGAAAUGGGGGCAGAAUGUACAUAUGUAUAUGUAUACCACACAUCAUACAUUUACAUAAAAGCAGCCGUCAUACACAAGAUUAUUAUUAGAGCCAUACCACACUCUGCACAUGCUUCAGAGCAACCAAACAUUAUACAGUACAACUAUGUGUGUAUAACGCACUACAUCCUACACUUAGGAACCAUCUAAGUAGUGUUAUUAGGCCCCUGAUAAAUUAAUGUACAGGGUCCAAUUCAAUAUAUUUAACUGCAACUACAGCAUACAGAGCUCAGAACUGGUCCCUUAUACCUGUGAGUUCUCUGGGCCUUAAGACUGCAUUGGAUAUAAUAUAAACUGUAUAUUACAUAAACAGAUCACAAUGCACAGUAUCAACCACAUACAUUGCUCACACACAGAGAGCCGUGGAUACAGCAUAUCUGAAGAAAGUUGAGAUGGUCAUGGCGUGAACUCUUUUUUUUUUGCUGAGAUUGUCAGGCAAGAAUGUGGUAUUUAGUUUCUGAGUUCAAAUUCUGUCUUGGUCAAUUUGACUGCAUCCCCCAGCCUUUCAAAAUUGCUGCCCUUAUUCCGAAAUCAAAAACAAUUAUUAUUAUUAUUAUUAUUAUUAUUAUUAUUAUUAUGGUGACGAGCUGGCAGAAUCAUUAGCGUGCUGGGCAAAAUGCUUAGUGGCAUUUUGUCUGCUGUUACGUUCUGAGUUCAAAAUCCGCCGAGCUCAACUUUGCCUUUCAUCCUUUUGGGGUCAAUAAAUUAAGUACCAGUGAAACACUGGGGUUGAUGUAACAGACUAGCCCCUUCCUGCCAAAUUCCAGGUCUUUGUGCUCUUAAUAGAAAGGAUUAUUUAUUUAUUUUAUUUUAUUUUAUUUUAUCUAUCUAUUUAAACAA